UGAUUCAUACGCUGUGUGGGAAUAUUUGUCUACUCUUUUAUCAAAGAAAGGGCCCCACAUUGAAAGGCCGUGGCAAUUUGCUGAUAGACUAUCAACACAAAAGCAAAAGCUAUGAAACGAAGGAAACGUCAACAUGGCCACAGCUGAUGAGGCCGAGAUAUUACCUCUGGCCGAGAGUUUCCUUGCUGCUGAUGUAGGCGAGUCUUCCAGUCCGACGGCAACCAUGUGGGACCCUCUGUCUUGUAAAGACUGGGACAAUGAAAAGGCGUCUCCACAGUGCUUAACCAGAAUCAAGAGGGACAUCAUGAGUAUUUACCAAGAGCCGCCGCCUGGUAUGUGUAUUGUGCCUGACAAGGACAACAUAACAAAGAUUCAUGCUCUUAUAACAGGGCCAUUCGACACUCCAUACGAAGGGGGUUUCUUUUACUUCCUGAUACGAUGUCCACCAGAUUAUCCAAUCAGAGCACCAAGAGUUCGGCUGUUGACCACAGGAGAUGGGCGUGUCCGAUUUAACCCUAACCUGUACAGGAAUGGCAAAGUCUGUUUGAGUAUUUUAGGCACAUGGUCAGGUCCAGCAUGGAGUCCCGCACAGAGCCUGUCUAGUGUUCUCAUCUCCAUACAGUCUCUUAUGAAUGAGAAACCAUACCACAAUGAACCAGGAUUCGAACAGGAAAGGACCCCAGGAGAUGCCAAGAGGUAUAAUGACAUCAUAAGACAUGAAACCCUACGAGUAGCAGUUUGUGAUAUGCUAGAGGGAAGGUGUCAGUGUCCACAAGCAUUAAGGGAGGUGAUGGAGAAAUCAUUUCCAGAGUAUUACGAUUACUAUGAAUCCACUUGCCUAUCCAAUUCCCACCUAUCUGGACAAAAUAUGCAGGACCCAUUCGGUGAGAAACGAGGGAAAUUUGAUUAUGGUGCAAUUCUCAAAAGACUUCAGACAUUAAAAGUUAAACUGGAGGACCGGUUCUUAUCCUCAGACUGUGAGGACUUGAGUGAUGACAGUGGGGGCGUGGGAGGAGGAGGAGGAGGAGGAACAAAAGGAGAAGGAGAUACAGAGGACACUUCUAAUACAAACUCACAGACUCCAGAGACAACAAAACAUAAUAAGGGUUUACGUGUAUAACACAUACCCUGCGGGUCAAAUAUAUAGUCUGAUUCCCAAAUUAUAUCGUGAUUAUCCCAACAUGGAACGAGUAAAACAUUGAGAAGGGCAAGAUAAAGGAAGAACUGCAUGUUGUGUUUUUUGAAGGCUUUGCACUAGCGCUGUUUCUUGACAUGGCAAGCAGAAAAAGUGGCAUGUUUAUGUAUAUGGCUUCUUCAGCAAUAGAUAGAUUUCUGAUGGAUGUGGUUUGUGUGUAACCACAAACCAAAGGCAAAUUUGUGCAGAGCCAGUUUAGUGGUUUAAUCUGUGAUCAGCGAGUUUUAAGUGAGUUUUCAACCAAGCAGAAGUCAAUUUCUCUAGCAGUAUUUAAAUAGAUGGAUUUUAAUGUGGUUCGUAUCACUGAAGACCAUAGUCAAUAUCAGGCUUGUACUGAGGGCUGGCACCUUGUGAUUGAAUUUUAAAAACUGAUGAUAAUGAUAUGAUAUCUGGUGGAUAAAUAUUACACACUAGUGUUGUUAUUUGAAUCCCCCUCCCGAAACCCCCCCCC